AUGUCUAAUUCGAAAGAAACCUCCGACUACGUUUUAAAUAAGAGAUAUGAACUAGAUGUUGUUUAUCUUCUCAGGUCUGCAAUUCCAAAAUAUAAAAAUAGUGCUUACAUUGGAACAACACCUAAUCCACAAAAACGUUUAAGAAUGCAUAAUGGGGAAUUGGCUGCAGGUGCAAAAAAAACCGAAUCCAAACGACCAUGGGAAUUUGUGUUGCUCGUAUAUGGAUUUCCUAGUGACAACAAGAUCGAAACCAAAUUACGUGUCUUGGGUGAUUUACUUUUUUCAAAAUCUUAUUGUAGAUGGCCAUUACAUUUACACGUCAUGAUUUCUUUGGAUGAACUUGAUAAGAUCUCGAAUAAAUCUUCAAUAUUGAAAUUAUCAAAUUUACCAAAGAACUUUCGAAUCACUCAAGGUUCUUUUGAUACUUAUUUAUCCGAAACAGGAAAUAUGUAUUCAUUUGCGGACAUAAAUGGAAUUCCCAAAGCUAAUUUAUUCCUUGCACAAGAAAAGAGUGAAAAAAACUAUUUGCCUAAUGAUGAACCACUUUUACCAAUUAGUGGUAAAUGCCCGGAUUGUGAACAAACUUUUCGUUGGGGAGAUCUUAUUGAUACAAUGCAUUUGCGAAGAACAUUGUUAGAAUAA